AUGGAACUGUCAUCAAGACUCGAAAUCGCCCGCGUGGAUCCAGCGCCGGCAUUCAACCUGAACGGCCUUUUCGUCGGCUCGGAAGGAACUCUCGGAAUUGUGACUGAAGCCACUCUGAAGCUGGCCGUUCUACCUGAGAACUACUCUGUUGCUGUCGUACCUUUCAACACAAUUCACGAUGCUGUCUUGGCCACUACUAAGGUCAUCCGCCGAGGAGUUCCAGUUGCCGCUCUUGAACUCAUGGAUAAGACCCAGAUGCGUAUUGCGAGUGAGGGAGGCGUCACACGGCCGCGAGUAUGGCAGGAAAAGUGGACCCUUUUCUUCAAGUUCUCUGGGUCGAAGCUUAUGUUGGAAGAAGCUAUUCAGAAUGUGAAACAGGUUACUGAAGCCUAUGGCUCGCAAGUGUUUGAAUUCGCUUGUGAUGAGAGAGAGCAAACACUGCUCUGGUCGGCGCGGAAAGAGUCUCUCUACUCUUUACUAGCGCUCCGCAAGGACAGCGAAGAGAUGUGGAAUACCGAUGUCGCAGUCCCAUUGAGCCACCUGGCUGAUAUCAUUGUCACAAGCAAGCAAGAAGCCGCGGCCUUGGGCUUAAACGCCUGUGUCAAGGGUCACGUUGGUGAUUGUAACUUCCAUGAAAACUUCACAUAUGACGGCACAAGGCCGGAGGAGUAUGAGAAAGCCAAGAAGGCUGUCAAAAACAUGGUUCAACGGGCGAUCGAUAUGGAGGGGACUUGCACGGGUGAACAUGACAUCGGGUUUGGUAAAAAGGAGGCUCUUCGACAGGAGGUCGGGAAUGCGACUAUCUCAUUUAUGGACAAAUGA